AUGUAUCUCCAUGUUGGUAAUACAACUCAAACUAAUGAUUUUGACUUUGCACAAACUAGCACCAUAUUGGCUUCCGCAUCUCGCUCGAAUGUCAUUAUCUUGACAAAGGAAACAUCUUUUGAGACGCCAAUAAUUGCUUUUGUUGGCCCUGUGGAAUAUUUCAAAGCUGUUCAUGUUGUCAUUUGCGAUUACGAGAUUACACAGAAGAGCAGAGAGGUGAGGAUUCCUCAACUCGAAACAUACUCAGCUACCAAAGUACAUACGGAAAAGAAUAUCUUACGAGUCAUCGCAGAAAUGGAAAAUUUCAAAGUGUUGGAAGUCAAAGCAAGAAAGAUACCGAGAAGUGAGUGGGAAAGUAAAUACAGCACGGAAGUGUACAACGCUUUGGUAUCCAUCACUGGUAGGGCAAAUAGCAAAGAAAAUGAGAGUCCAUACACACCUUAUAUCGCAACCAGCCAAGAAGCUUCCGAUGUGACACCGGCUACCAACGAUUCUGCCAAGUUGAAAGGGACUUCAACACCCAAAAAGCCCUCAGCCCCUCUACAAAAAACAAGCGCACAGCCAGCAGCAGCAGCAUCUACAUCACGCUCCGUUCCUCUAAGAGCAGACCUAGCGCAUCGAACUAGAAGAGGAAGUUCCACUGUCAGCUCGGCUCCAAACCCUCGAAAGACUGAAGAUAGAGGUUCUAGAGGGACACCCCAUCAAGGAAGUCUUGGGUCUUCUCGUCAAGAUGCUAAGAAAACUCUCAGCUAA